UAUAUAUACAACAAUAUGAGUUCCGUUUUUGAAGAUUACUUGCUUGACAUAGCUGAAGAUCUUAAAGCGCCUGGUGAUCAUGACGAUUUCUAUGAAGUCCUAGAUUUUGUAAUGAUAACCGUAAAGGGUAAUAGUUUGCUAAGAUCUAUUUGCCAUCCACGAUUCUUAAUCUUUGGAAGCGCCGCCCACGAAGUCCGAAUGUACGACAACGACGAGUACGACGUUAUGAUCGAGUUGGAGUUCCCCAACUACGAGCAAAUCCUUGUGCGACCGGAUCAACAUCGUCCCGGAAUGGUGCAUUUGUGCUUCAAACAACUGGACUCGCACAACUUCGUAGAGGACACGCUGUUGGACCAUCGCUGGUAUCUGAAGCGCAAGGGAGUUCGUAAUUGGAUGGAUAGUAUCCUAAGUGAUCUCCACGACCGCCUAAUAUGGGUCAAUAAUAGGCGUUAUGCAUACCGCCUACAUUGCGAGCGCCGCAAGAAUUGUUAUACCAUAACUGCAACAUCGGAGAACCGUCAGUUCUCCAUUGACUUUGUGCCGGCUAUUAAGGUCCUAUUUGAGGGUAUUGACCUUCAGGUUGUGCCUAAGUCUAUGCCAGGACCGAAGCGCUCCAGCGGAUGUACCUUCAUGGUACACAAUAUUCCAGAGGAACUUGAUCUAUUCAAUGGGGGUGGUGUGAUGAUCCAAGAUGCAGUGAUCCUGCUAAAAGCGCUAUGCGAAUCGAAAGGCCUACCCAAGAUUCGCUUUUACCAUCUAGUGUCUUUGGCCUUGUGGUUAAUGGAUAGCGAAGAUAUUGAAGAAUAUUCGUUAGAAGAUAUCUUUCUGGAUCUGCUCGAUGAUCUGUGCGACGCCUUCGAGAAGAACUUCCUACUUUACUACUCAUAUGAGGAGCUAAAUCUUCUAUUUAACUUUAAACCACAUCAGCUCGCUGAAUACGCGAAAGUUUUGAACGAAGCUUACAUGACACUUAAGACUUAUCCACAUCAAGAGAAUCUUUCUUUUGGGCGCUGCAACUGGCACUUCGUUGGGGAUGAAUAAAAAAUUACCCCAAUACUAUGUUUAAUUAACAUUCUCAUUGACAAUAAAAUUCCAAAAAUCCUAAUCAAAAACAUUAGAAUAAUAAGAUAUAUUUUAAUUGUCAUUUGAUAGCAAUAAAUUCACCGGCUAGCCGA